CGCUUGGUGCUGACCAUGAUAUUUGCUAUUGAAGAAAUAAAUCGGAAUAAAAACUUGCUUCCGAAUACCACUUUGGGAUAUAAAAUCUACGAUGACUGCUCGUCCUCCGCGGUUGCGUCCAAGGCUGCGCUCGCUCUGGUCACCAGUGAAGAAGAACGAAUGGACUUCACUGAAUGUGAAGCUUCCAAUGUAGCAGCCAUUGUUGGCUGUGAUAUCUCCACGUCUUCAAUCGUGGUUGCAAGGACAAUCGGCCCUUUUGGAAUUCCCAUGGUUAGCUACUACUCUACAUGCUCCUGUCUCAGCGAUAAGCAAGAAUACCCCACGUUUUUUAGAACAAUACCAAACGAUAUCUAUCAAUCCAAACUUCUCGCUGAAUUAGUGAAAACAUUCGGUUGGACAUGGAUUGGCACAAUUAGAAGUAACAUCGAUUACGGUAAUUUUGGAAUGCAAGAAUUCGUCGAACAGGUCCGUAAAGCCGGGGUUUGCAUUGCGUACUCUGAGUCAUUUUACAGGACCGACCCCCCGGAGAAAAUCAGCAAAAUCGUGCGGGUGAUCAAACAGGCCACCACCAAAGUCGUGGUAGCUUUUGUUGAUACUGGAGAUAUGCGAAUUUUACUUCAGGAAAUUUCGCGUCAAAACGUGACAGGCAUACAGUGGAUUGGGAGUGAAGGAUGGGUUACGGAGCAAUUACUCCCGCCUGAAGAAAAUGCAAAAUUUCUGGUUGGGACGAUCGGCGUAGCGACCCCGAGGACGGAGAUACCCAGACUCAAAGACUUUCUCCUUAAAGUGCAUCCCUCUAAAUUUGGUGGGAGCACUUUGGUGAAGAAGUUUUGGGAGAACGUAUUCACGUGCAGUUUGACAAAGCAGAGUAAUGUUGUAUUUCCAAUGCGGCAGUGCACAGGAAUGGAACAGCUGGAUGGGUUGGAAAAUGCCUUCCUUCCAGCGAUAAUGGACGGAAGUUCCUACCAUGUGUACAAAGCAGUAUAUGCUGUCGCUCAUGCACUUGACGAUAUGCUGUCCUGUGAAGAAGGCAUUGGCCCAUUUAUGAAUAAUACAUGUGCUCACAUUUCAAGCUUUGAACCGUGGCAGCUACUCCAUUACCUCUACAGAGUAAAUUUCACAACUCAAACUGGAGAAAUCGUGCAUUUUGAUAAAAAUGGUGAUCCGAUCCCUAAGUACGAAGUAAUAAACUUGCAAAACAAUUUGGAGGGUGCACUUGAAAUAGCAAACAUUGGUUAUUAUGAUGGUUCAACGCCUUUAGAACAUCGGCUUCUCUUGAAUCUCGGCGAGAUCAUGUGGAGCAAUAUUGGAAAUAAGAUUCCACAUGCCCAUUGUUCAUUGCCUUGUCCUCCUGGAACAAGAAAGGUCAGCAGGAAAGGUCAGCCAAUAUGUUGUUUCGAUUGCGCAGAGUGCGCCGAUGGUGAGAUUAGCAAUACCACGGAUGCCGCUGAUUGUAUCAAGUGUCCUUUGGAAUACUGGUCUAAUCAGCAAAAAGACCAAUGUGUUCCCAAAAAGAUUGAAUUUCUUUCCUUCCAAGAGGUUCUCGGCUGCGUCUUAGUGGCCCUUGCUUUAGUGGGAGUGUGCCUUGCACUGGGUGCAGCUGCUGUCUUUUUCCAGCAUCGGGAAACUCCGAUCGUUCGAGCGAACAAUUCGGAACUGAGUUUCCUACUUCUCUUUGCGCUAACGCUUUGCUUCCUGUGCUCACUCACCUUCAUUGGGAAACCGACCGGAUGGUCCUGCAUGUUGCGGCGGACUGCGUUUGGAAUUGUGUUUGUUCUGUGUAUUUCCUGUAUUUUGGGGAGAACUAUUCUUGUUGUGAUCGCUUUUAAAGCAACUGUUCCCAACAACAACAUAAUGAACUGGUUUGGCCCGAUGCAGCAACGGUUAGGAGUGUUUGGCCUUACAUUUCUUCAAGGGUUAAUUUGCACGAUCUGGCUCAUUGUAUCACCUCCCUAUCCAGUGAAAAACAUGACCUAUUACAGAGAUAUCAUAAUUUUGGAAUGUGAUGUGGGCUCUUUAAAAGCUUUUUAUUUUGUGUCCAGCUAUAUUGGUCUUCUAUCCACAGUGUGCUUCCUGCUGGCUUUUCUUUCCCGGAAACUUCCUGAUAAUUUCAAUGACGCGAAGUAUAUAACUUUCAGUAUGCUGAUCUUCUGUGCUGUUUGGAUCACUUUUAUUCCGGUUUAUGUCAGCUCUCCAGGAAAAUACACAGUGGCUGUCGAAGUGUUUGCUAUUUGGGCGUCAAGCUUUGGUUUGCUUGUCUGCAUUUUUGCUCCGAAAUGUUAUAUUAUCUUACUGAAACCGGAGAAUAACACAAAGAAAAACGUGAUGGGCAAAGGGCCUUCACGGUGA